GCCGCGCCGCGCGGGGAGGGCAAGCAGGUGUUGGAGAGUGCGGUGAUGAAAUGGCACAAUUCCCUGCAGAGCCCUGGAUUCCAGUGUAAACGGUGCUUGGACAGCUGUAGGAACGGCCAAACAAGAGGUCACUGACACUUCCUUCCUCCUGUUGCUGAGGUCUGCACAGCAGCUGUUUCAGUGUUGUCGUGAAAGUGCUCGGUUCUCGUUUUCCAGACUGAACAGUUAAACGGAGCUUGACCUGAGCUUUGGGUCCCCGUGCGCGGUUCUCUUUGAGCAUGGCUCUGCAUGGAGCAAGGUACUCCCUGGAUUGUGAAAGGAGGGUGAGCGAAGACCUGGACAGUGAACCCAGGAAGCAGUUCUUCACAUGAUGGGAUCUUUGGGUAACCACAAUGCCCAUCACUCAAGAAAAUGCUCUGCUCUUUCUCCCCCUCCUGUAUCAGUGGCUGCAAAACAACCUGCGGGAAGAGGUGGAAGGGUCAGAGCAGAGGCUGUGUCAUUCUGCCAUUCAGAAGCUGAGAGAGUAUAUUCAGUUGAAUUUUUCUGUGGAUGAGAGCAAACUGCAGCAUGGCAGUCCCAGCACUUUAGACAUGGAAAUCUGCACUGUACACCUGACCAAGGAGCUGGAGAAGGCUGAGGCACUCGGGUUAAGUUUUCCUGCUUUUGGAGACUAUGGAGAGAAACGGAGAGGAGGAAAAAAGAGGAAGGGGCAUAAAGGCCCUGUGUUGGAUGUGGGAUGUAUCUGGGUAACUGAUUUAAAGAAAAACAGCCCAGCGGGGAGAUGUGGGAAAGUGCGACUGAGAGAUGAGAUUCUUUCCCUGAAUGGACAGCUAAUGGUUGGCGUGGAUGUCAGUGGGGCAAGUUACUUGGCUGAGCAGUGCUGGAAUGGCGGCUUCAUCUACCUGAUCAUGUUGCGUCGCAUUAAGCGAAAAGCCCCUCUUCCUCCAUCAAAUGGCAACAACAGCAAUAGCUGUGAACCCAAAGCAAAGCCUACCUCAGAACCAAGUGACAGAACUGCUCAAAAUGGGAAACGCACGAGAAAGUUUGGGGUCAUUGCCAGAACAUCAGCCAGUAAAGAUGGCAAGGAAAGCAAAGGCAGCCAGACCUCAGAGAAUGAGAAUGGACACUGCCCCCCUAUGGAGGUGGAUGCUCCACAGCCGGAGGCAUCAGAAAUGGAGAGCAGCAUGGAGGAACAGUUUCAAAGCAAAGGACAGUAUAGGUCUCGUCUUUCCGAUGGCAGCAUUCCAGACUUCAGAGCAGGUGACCUGCCUACACAGCGAGAAGGUUGCCGCAUAUGGAAGAUGCACAUAGUGAAGGGGACAGAUGGCCUGGGAAUCCAGAUUACAGGAGGCCGAGGGUCAAAGCGAUCACCUCACGGCAUCAUUGUUGCGCACGUGGAAGAAGGAGGCUCUGCACACAGGGAUGGUAGAUUGACAUCAGGUGAUGAGCUCCUAAUGAUCAACAGUCAAUCCUUGGUUGGACUCUCACAUCAGGAAGCCGUGGCCCUCCUUCGAUCGGCAGUUGGUCUAGUGCAGUUGGUGGUGGCAAGCAGGGAAACUACUGAAGCAGACUGUCUCAAGUAUCCAUCUACCAGUUUGCCAGACCUGCUUAGCAGCUGUGCAGUCCAGGAUACUGCGUUUUUCACUGAUAACAAAGAGAAUGAAAAGCCAGAGGAGGAAGAUGUCAAAGGAGGGAGUACAUCUCCCGAAGUGCAGGGUGCUGUGACAGAAACAGAUAAAUUGCAAGAUCCUGCGUGUGUGGAAGCAUCCAAAGAGAACAGCCAAAGUCCAAAUAUGGGGAGUGGCAUAUUGAAAUACAGAAGCCGAUCCCAAGGAGCUGGGUCUCGCUUAGAAUCUGUGGGCGAAGAUGAUGAACUGACAGUGGAAAAUGGUGAAUCCAGCUAUGAAAUAGCAGUGAAAUUUUCCCGCGGAGGGAGAAAACAUUCUCUUCCUCAGCAGCUUGAAGGAGCAGGAUCUCGGCAGGAUUACCAUAUUGUGAAGAAAUCUACCCGCUCUUUGAGUGCUGCCCAGGUGGAAUCUCCUUGGAGACUGACCCAGCCUUCCAUUAUUUCCAACAUUGUCCUAAUGAAAGGGCAAGGGAAGGGUCUUGGGUUCAGCAUUGUGGGAGGCCAGGAUUCUGCUCGAGGCCGCAUGGGAAUUUUCGUGAAGACUAUAUUCCCAAAUGGGGCAGCUGCUGCUGAUGGAAGACUCAAAGAAGGGGAUGAAAUCUUAGAAGUUAAUGGAGAAUCCUUACAAGGGCUGACCCAUCAGGAAGCCAUUCAAACAUUUAAGCAACUCAAGAAAGGUGUUGUGACCCUCACUGUACGCACGAGACUGCGCAGCCCAAGUCUCACCCCAUGUGCAACACCCACUUUAUUGAGCCGCUCCAGCUCCCCUAGCUCCAGUGCUAGCGGAGGAACCCCAGUAGCUGGCUCUGAAGAUGGAGACAGUUCAUCUUCAUGUCGCAAGGGCCCAGGACCAAAGGACAGGAUUGUCAUGGAUGUGACUCUCAACAAAGAGCCAGGGGUUGGGUUAGGCAUUGGUGCCUGUUGUCUCACGCUGGAAAAUAGCUCUCCGGGGAUCUACAUUCACAGCCUGGCCCCAGGAUCAGUGGCUAAGAUGGAUGGUAGAUUAAGUCGCGGCGACCAGAUUCUGGAGGCAGAUUCAGUGAGUCUACGCCAUGCAGCAUUAAGUGAAGCCUAUGCCAUUUUGAGUGAAUGUGGUCCAGGUCCAGUUAGCCUUAUCAUUAGCCGGCAUCCCAACCCAAAGGUUUCUGAACAGGAGAUGGAUGAAGCAAUAGCUCGCACAACUCUGCGUGACAGCAAGGAUGCCAGUUCCUCUCCUGUCAUGGGGUCUGUGCAAAAGAGUCCAUCCCCUAGCAUGAAGGCCAGGCAAGGAGAGCCCUCGUCGCCUCUCAGCUGGACAAUGAAACGUUUCCUGGAGCCAGCAAGUCGGCAGGGAUCUGUCAGUUCUGAAACGGAGCUUUCUCAGUACUUCUCACAAGAUGGCCCAAGCCAGCUGUCAUUUUCUGACGCUGUAGUAACAGGCUCCAGUGAUGAAGAGCAGCUCCGUCAGAAGAGUGGAAGCAGCUCUCUGGAUGACAGCUCUCUUCCUCCCAGCAAUCUAACUCCCAAAGAAGCAGGAUCCAUGAAAGCGGGUAGCCUUGCUUCUCCAAGCAAUGGAAAGCCACCUUGUCUUCUCAACAGGCAUGUGGAGUGUGUCCGACAGGGUAGCCUUAGUAGCAGUCCCAAGUCUGUCCGGAGCCCGUUUCUGCGACAGAGGAGGGUUGUUUUCUAUGAUGGUGAAGUUAGCGAUGAGGAUGAAGAUGCCCACUUUCAAAGGGGACAGGGGAACAAGGGCCAGAAAAUCACUGAGAAAGACUGUGAUAUUGUCAUCGCCACCUCUUCAGUUGAAAUUGAUGACGAGAGUCAGGAUGGUGAAUUACCUCGACACAUUGGCAGUGAAGCAUCUACUCCUCUCUAUGGCAACUCCCUGGAGUCUGAGGAUAGCACUCUGGAGCAAAUGGACUCUCCCUUCUUUCCAAUCAAAGCAUUUGAUUACUCAAGCAUGCCUGAGUUUCGCCCUGGUAACCUGUGUGUGAAGGAGCUCCGAGAGGCACAGCUCGAAUCAAAGAGAUCUCCUAAGCUGGAGCACAAAGCAGUUACAAGAGUAAAAAGUAUGAUGAGCACUGAGUGCCGUAGUCUUCCGAGACAGAAGAUUGAGGAGCACAGUCUCUGUGAUAAGCCUGUUGCAAGGGUACCUCCGCAUAGCAAAAAGACUGGUCCCGACAGCUCUGAGCAGAGCAACGUUGAAAUAGUGACUCUGGUUCGGAAUGAAGAUGAAUCCUUUGGAUUGGAUUUGGAAAUCCAAGCCACACCCUUAAGAAUUAUGAUAACAGGCUUAAGGCCAGGAGGAGCAGCUGAAAAGGACUCAGAGGGAAAGCUGGCUGUAGGAGAUGAGAUUUCUUCCAUCAACAGUGCCCCUGUCAGUGGAAUGACAUAUGAGGAAAUCUGUCUGCUUAUGCAGAAUCUCCCUACAUCUGUGACAUUUGGGGUGCAGAAAGCAGUGCCAGAUGUGGACAGACUCACAAACCUCAACAUACUUUCAGAGCCAGAUGCCCAACCCAGCAGCAGCGUUGUAGUUGAAGAAGGAAUAGCAUCUGGGAAACUAGAAAAAGGGACUCACCGGAGUGAUGGUGUAGACCUUGUCACAGAAAGAACAAUGCUGCCACCUUCCGCCACGACCAAAGAGGUGCAAGUAGGUUCUUCAGAAAUCGGCUGUGCUGAGGUCAGUGCUGUGAUUCCCAUCACGGAUAUUGAUGACUUGCUCAGCAAACUGAAUUCUUCAGAGGACAGAAGCUCUCAGUUGCCACCAAGAGCAGUGAGCCCCAUUAGAAAGGAGUGCACUGCCAAGCAUAGCUGUGGGACAGAAGAGGGUUGUCCCACUAAUUCUGAGCCAGAGAUGGUGAAGAAUGAGCUAUCUGAAAAAACUAUCAAUUAUGCGGCUAAUGCACAGGGGAUCUUGGGAUUAUCAGUGUUGGAUUCCAUUAAUACAGGCAAGCUUUUUACUGUGAAUAAAAACUGUUUAAAUAACUAUUCUAGGAAUUUUAGCAGUUUGAGUGAAGACAGUUAUUCUGGAGCUGAUUCUGUGGAAGACAGUAGAAACAGCCCAUUUCCAAAGUCUAUGUAUGGUGCUGCAGAGGACUCCCACUCGGACACAGAAUCACUCACAGAAGCUCCUGAUGCUCCUGGAGACGUUUUACUUUUGCCAUCUGUUGCUGAUAAUUCCUCAGGGACCCGUAAUGUGACAGAGUCAGAUGAGGAACAAAUUGAAAUUUGUUGCAUGAAUAAUGAGCCGCAACAGUCUGCUCAGGAGCAGUGGCUUGUGUCUGCUGCAAGCUUACCCCGGCAAUUCCCACCACAGCCACACAUUGCAAAAGUUUCACAAGCAGAGGAUUGUACAGGACAUGGUUCAUCAGAUACAAAGCUCCACAAACCUCUGUCUCUAGCAGAAGAUCAAGGGUGUCCCAUUCCCCCACAGCAUUUAAAUAGUGGAAAUAUAUUUCCCUCCACUUCCUUACACUCUCCUUCCUCAGAUACUUUAUCGGAUAAAGAUACCCUAAAAAGUUCAGUAGCUUGUGCUUUCCAUAACAAUGGUGCCUUAAGUACAGAAGACCGACUAAGCUUAGAGAUCAGUGAAAAGUCUAUGGAGUCCUGCGAAUCUUUACAAGACGAUGUAUCUUUGCAAUGCGAAAGAAUAGGUUCCUGCAUGAGUAGAAGUGUUAACAGCUUGGAGAUCCAUUUGCUAGACAAAGAACACCCUGAUAAAGAAGAGGGAUCCAAAUUUGAAAGAGAAUUGGCAGCUGAUGAUUGCAGUCACAUCGUUGGUUAUCAUUCUCUUUUGGUGAAGAACGAAACAAAUAGUUUGGCUAACUAUAAAGCAGAGGAUAAUCAUGUGCACUCUUUAUUGCAAAGAGUGACAUCCAGGUCAACCCUUUCUCCAAAAUCAAAAGAUCUAAGUAAGACUAGCACUGCUCCUGACUUGUCAGAGAAAAAUGAAAAAGUUAAUGCUGUAACUUUGGGAAGGGGUUCUAAUGCCAAAAUCCAGAGUUCCAGUACAAAUCACUUUAAAGGAGUCACUGUACCACAUACUCCUUCCUCACAGAAAAAAUCACAUCAGGAAUCCAAGGGAAUGCCCCAAAAGCAUGUAGUAGAAGCACUAUUAAAUAACCAGAGAGCCAAAACAGGACAGAAGCUAAAGGGUCUAACCAUCAAAAGUAAACUAAAAGCAAAUGCAGAACCUCCUAGCCCUAAUCCUGCAAAAAGCAGUGGGAUUGAUCAGCGAAGGAUUUCUACUUCUCCACAGUUAUCACCCAAGCUUCUCAUAAAGAAAGCAUCAGUGCCCCAUAACAUGCCUACAAACACAGAACCUGGCAAGAGCUUUUCAACAGCCUCAAAGGCUCUUAAAUCAGAGCAUGAAAAUAAGCUAUCUUUACUUGCAUGUAAAGAAACAUUUUCCCCCUUGCUGAAUGGUGACAACAGCCCAACGCAGAGUAGUGACACUAAAACCAAUGGCAAUGGUGAGCUAAAUGUUAGUGGGGAAUCAGAACACCAGAGGGGAUGUGGAAAGCAAAAAGAAAGGCCAGCUUCAGUGCAGUGUGAAGAAAAAGGUGAUAAGACAAAUGGUGAUAGUUCUAAAACAAAAGAAGAUCAGUUCGAAGUAACCAUGUCUCCUAAUGGUACACCAAAAAGUGAGCAUGCAAAAAAGAGAGUAGAGAAUCAUGGAACAGGUCUGAACUUGAUAAAUAGUUAUUAUGGGGAAGGCAACAUGAAGCCAUUCGGUCCUCACAUCAUAGGAGUAUCUGACAAGGACUCUUCCUCAUUGAGGUCUUCCCCAAUUCAGCUGGAGCAGCCAGAAGGACAGGAAAUUCAACGCACUUGCAUUGAGGUGAGGCUCUCCUCCUCCUCCUCACUGGCACCAUCUUCACAGCUGCUGCUGUUGGAAAAGGCAGAAGGUAGCAAUAAAAAGAUCAGCCACUGGACCGAGGAGCUAGGGACUGCACAGUAUUUCACUAGAAUAGAUGCUGUUGGGAGUGGAAAUCUAUGCUGUGGAUCAAAACCAGUGUCAAGGACUUACUCAGUGCCAGCUCAGUUAUCAAGUCACCUGAGGGAAGAUGGUGCCAUUAUAGGUGUUCCAGCACACCAUAUGCAAGAUCUUCAGAGCCAUGUUGCAGGUGAAAAAUGCACCCAAAAAGAGCCAGGCAUGUUAAAAAUUGUCCAUUUAAAUAUGCUGAAUGGCCAGAGCACCCAGGGUGAAAGAGAACAGGCAUACACUUCCAAAAGUAUCCCAAAACCAAGCCUUGAGGAGCAGCCUUUUGCCAAUGAAAAUAGUUGCUCUGUUAUAGAUAAACAAAAACCUUUCAGAAGAAAUUAUUACUAUUAUGAACUGAACUGGCCACAUGACCCUACUUCAUCCUUCUCUGUCAAACAGCGGAUCAAAUCCUUUGAGAACCUGGCACACUUUGAUAGAUCUGUUAAAGCUGUAGACAUGCACUCCACCUCCAGCGGUUCUAAAUCACCUGUUGGCAGAAGAUCUUCUAGUGGUAUCACUUCCAUUGCCCCUGCCGGUCCAAGUGAUGCAGCGCGGGCACUGAGACGAAGUUUAAGUUCAUACAGCGAUGGUCAAAGCAACAUUCCACCAUCUCCACAGCUGACAAAAUCAUCAACAAAUAUAGACUUAGCCCAUGUGCAGAAGAAUUCAACAGAAGGCAGCAAAGAUGAUGCAAAUUUGAAGAAAAGCAAGGGUGAAGGUACUUCAGGGGAUCUGAAUGUCUUGCUUCCCCCCGUGUCCCAUAUGCGGAGAAGCAGAGGUCACUGCAGGCAGUUGAUGUCCCGUUCAAAGCUCAGGGAGCUCAGAGCACUGAGCAUGCCUGAUCUGGACAAGCUGUGCGAUGAGGACUUUUCAGUGGAACCUAAGACCACUCACUUCAAAACUGAACUGGAAAUUACACCUAGGAGGUCUCUUGGCCUGCCUGCUGAAAGUGAUGCAACUCAGAGUGCUUCUCCUGCCCUUUCCAACCUUGCAAAGUUGAACAGGCUAUCUUCCAGAGGAAGUGCUCCUUGGACCACUGGCUCAGGAGCUCCUGGCUCAGCAUCUGAUGAUGAAGUACCACGUGAUAGCUACCUGGGUCAGAAACACUCAGGAAGAAGUUGGUCAAUCAGCUUGGAUCAGCUCUUGGUCUCAACUCUGGACCAGCAGAAAUUGCAAUCUGUUUUGUCAUCAGUGAUGGCAAAAUGUGAUGUCAUCACUAUGCUCCAAGAAGUUAAAAUGCAAGCAGAGAACAAAGAAGACGCUUACUUUGUAGUCUUGAGUAAAGAAGAAGGAGCUGGCCUUGGGUUUAGUGUCGCUGGUGGAAUAGAUCUGGAACAGAAAUCAGUCGUAGUCCACAGAGUGUUUUCGAAGGGUGUGGCAUCUCAAGAAGGGACCAUUCAUCGAGGAGAUUUUGUUUUGUCAAUCAAUGGCAUGUCUCUUAUGGAUUCACUCCAUGGAGAUGUUCUGAAUGCUCUCCAUCAGGCCAGACUGCACAAAUAUGCAGUCAUUGUCAUCAAGAAAGAAAAAGACAGAGGAAAGGAUUCUUCCAGACUUGAAAUAACCGCUACUGGCAGAAGAUGCUUUGGGCCUGGAAAGGAUGUUACCCUGGAUAUAGGAGGAACAGGCCUAAAUAUGGAUAUAAAUGAUGUUGUGUGUAUCGAAUUAUUGAAAACCUCUGCUGGCUUGGGAUUCAGCCUUGAUGGUGGAAAAGCUUCAGUUUCUGGAGACAGACCUUUGCUUGUAAAAAGAAUAUUUAAAGGUGGUGCUGCAGAGCAAGCUGGAAAAAUAGAAGCUGGAGAUGAAAUUCUUGCCAUUAGUGGAAAGUCAUUACUUGGUCUCAUGCACUAUGAUGCCUGGAAUAUCAUUAAAUCUGUCCCAGAGGGACCUGUUCAGUUGCUUAUCAAGAAGCCUAGAACUUCAGUAUGACAGAAGCACUAUCAAGAAACCCACCUCUUUAAGGCAAAAUAUUCACCUGAACAAGCCCUUUCCAAACACGCUACCAGCUGUCCUUACAUUUUGAAGCUGUGUAGAAGUGGCUUAAUGCACUCCAGUGGAAUGCUUAAAGCAUCAGAAAAACAGUAUGCAAACAUGCAGGGUAUUAAAAAUAUUUAUCAAGGAUGUAAGAAGCCAAUCUCCAGGAGGAUCUUUGUGUCAGGCAGCAGUUCAAUGGACAUUCAGAAUCGUAAAGCAGAUUUUGAUUAAUAUUGUGCCUGUUCCUGACAUACUUCGUGUUUGCAGAUUUGGGGCAUAACUCAUUUGUUGCUAUCCUGUUAACAAGGAUGGGUAUAUAUAGACUGUAUAUCACUUAGCUAUAACUUGAUUUUAAUACACUUACUUGGGGUCCAGUCUUUAUUUGUUAAUAUAAGAGAAUGUCUGGAACAAUCUCACUUUAUUCUUCUAAAUACAGUUUUGCUAAAAAUGCAUGAUGAGAGAGAUAUAAUUUUGCACAACUUUGUAAAUCUAAAACACAAUCAUUUUAUCACAAAGCUCAAAAUCUGAAAAAAUAUGAACUCGCCACAGUUAAAUGAGCCCUCAGUGGCAUAUUGUUAUACUGGAAGAUCAGACGUAUUAAGGCAAUAGAACUCUGUGUGCAGACACUUGUUUCAGGAAGGAAAAUCUGUCCCAGUUGGCUGGUGAUCUAUCUAGGAUCAAGGGGAUGACAGCGGUUCAGAUUUACAACUUUAAAUAAGACAAGUAUAAAAAUUGCAAUCAGUGUUUCAGACUUGAGUUCCUUAAAUUAGGCAUUUAAAUAAAAGUAGGUUGAAUUUUUAGGUGUUUAGUACUCACUGAAUUCACUGGGUGCUAAGCACCUUUGUAAAUUGAGUCGCUUUUGUAUAGUUACCCAAAAAGGACUAUGGUUGCCUUACUUUAAACACUCAAGUCUGAAGAUUUAACACUUAAAUCUGAACUGGCCAUACUGGUGACUUUUAAUCUUUUUUUUUUUCCUCAAAUAUUUAUUUUUUGAUUGUGUGUGUGUGUGUGUGUGUGUGUGUGUGUUUGUUAUAAAUAUCGUUUGGACUGAGUGAGGAAUGGGCCAGCUGAUGAGGAUUUUGAUUUGUGGAAUUGUAACUUUAUAUGUAUAGAUCAUAACUCCUUAGAUAAAAUAUUAUAGACACAAUAAUACAGUAAUGGCUGCAGUGUCACAUGCACUUAUCUUUAAUUCCUCACCAUUCAAAGCAUGCACCCCUAGCAGGCUGUUUUGCUGUGUGUUAUUUAUACAGUGCAGUUUUAAGGGAAGAACAUGUACAAUAUAAGAGAUUAGAACAGACAAUUUAUUUCCCUGAGUUUGGGAUGACAAGCCAUACCAGUGACAAAACAAAAAUGGGGUGCCAUCCUUAACAGUGAGAAACUAGUUGUUUGGUCCACUAUCCUCAGGAUCUUGUAUUCAGACAAAAGAUUGGCUUGAAACCUAAGGUCUCAUCAACCUUAACUGAAGAGGCAUUCAAAAUCCAAACCAGGAGCCAAUUCAACACCUUGCAAAUGGCCCUUUUAUUUAUGAAGGGCCAGGGUCAUGGGUAGGUGAUAUGUUUAAAAAAUCUGGAGGUGCAUUUUGCAGUGGGAGCUGAGCCCUAGAUUAUACCAUAACCCAAUUUAUUUCUGUUUAUUCCAGCAGGUUCUAGUCAGUACUUCUAAACGAGUGAAGCAUUUUGGUUCAGUUUGUUUUCCUCACAAGUUGGGUAGAACAUAACUAGUGACAUGGGGAAGUAGAUACUGUUCUGGGUGGCAUCCAAAGAUUAGGUGAGCAGAAAAGUUGCACGAAAUAGAAAUAAUUAUAUCUUUAAUUUUUAUUUUCCCACUCCCAUAAACGUGCGCAUAUUUGUAUCCAAGGAGAGAGGUCUUUAUGGUUUUGGUGAAAAAAGUGCUGGACUUAGCUUUACAGCUGUUUUGCUUACAGAAACCAGAGGAGGUAUGAAGUGGCUGCAGAGUUGGAUCCACUGUGGCUACAAACAGAUGUUGCAUUUAUCCUGAGAUAAACCAUUUUAUCCUGGGAAAAGUGCAGGUGUUUAGUUAUCCAUGUCCAUUGUCCCGUGACAAAUCCUAAAAAGGUUUACGGGAUAAGAAGUACUAACAGUGUAUCUAUGAGCACCGUAAAGUAUGCCUAUACAUUGCAUCAUCCCUGGAUUGCAUCCUUGAAUUAGUAGCAGAAAAGUGUAUUUAGUCCCUCACUAAAUCCAGAUUAGAAGUGUGAUGUGUGUACAUGCCAAUUCUGGGAUGUUUCUGUUCCAGGCACAACUUGUCCAGGGACAAAUGUGCAACGUCUGUUUCUAGUCUACUCUGGAAUAGAUUCUGGAGGGACAGCCCCCUUCUCUUGCAUGGUGUUCAGUCAUCAUCUGUGGGAUCUGCACAUAUUUCCAGCCACAUGAAACUCAGUGUGGUCUCAGGGCCUAAAUUGGGAGGAACAUUUUUGUUUAAUUUAUAUUUAAAACCUGAGGGAGAAUAGUUGGUGAUAACAAUUAAACUGUGAGGCCUUCUUCAGGAAUAAUCCAACCUAAGAUAGUGAUAAAUAAAUAAUAUGUAUUAUAAAUACAUGAACAUGCAUGUUAAGUUUAAUACAGUAUAGUGAAUACAUACCGGCAUAUAUAUAUAUAUAUAUAUACAGUGCAGUACUGACGUUUUUCUAGUUUAAAAUACUAAACCACCCUUAUGUGUUAAGAAGCAGCAUUUUGUUUCAAUUCACCAUUUAAGAUUUACUAAUUCCAGACCAGAAAGUAUACAGAUUCCCCCACUCCUAAAUAAGUGUGACCUCAAAUAGGACGAGCUUUUAAAUCUUGUGCAUUCAACUUAAAGACUUUGAAGUGUGUCUUGAAAAUGAUACAUGGUGAAUAAUAGAAUUUUUCAGACACUUAUUUGCUGGUACUAUUCAUUGUGAGUGGUUUUGGAAAACUUUCAUUUUCACUAAAUUAAUACCAUACAGUUGCUUAUUUCAUAGGCACUUAAAGAUAUAUGUGGUGGGCAAAUAUUAAUAGCAAAAGUAAGUGGGAAUUUCUGUGUUUGUGAAUACUAAAUAAUAAGUAUAAUUUGAAGGAACGAUGACGUUUUAAUAUUUAAAAAUAUGAUGGCCUAUUAACAUGUUCUAGAUAGAUACCGACCUCUAGUGAUGUGUAUUUUUUUUUUUGAUGUAGUAAUUACUUUUUAACCCUGACUUAUUAGAUGAUGUGAUCAUUUUUCUUGCCAAAAAUGUGAUUUCUUAAGUAAUAGGAAAUGGAAGAUCUCACUGAUGGUACUACCAAAGUUGAAAUUAUUCCAAUAAAAUUUCUGGGCAAAUGUAUUGAAAUAAUAUUCCCCAUAAAUUCCUAUGUCCCAUAAUAUGAAAUUUGCUUUGGUAAGGCAAGAGUGGAGAAAACUGUCAGCUAUAAUGAACUUUUUCACAGCAGCUGGUAAAAAUAAAGUCCUGCGAUUGUCUGAAUGUAGAAUAAGAAUAUAUGAAUGGUUUUAUGUGGGAAAACAUGGAAUUAUAAGGUAUUCAAGUGUUUCAAAGAAAACGGACAGAACAGGUAACAGGCAGGUACUACAGCAUACACCUAUAACUAGGGCUCUACUCAAUUCACAGUUUUUGUGGAAAUUGUGAAAAAGGUGGUUUCUGCCAUCAUUAUGAAAACUGGCAUUCACCCUCUGCUGCUGAUUGAUCAAGAGGGCUGCCUUUUGUGUGGCCCCGCCCCUCUCUGCCACUCGGCAGCGAGGGGCGGGUCUGCAUAAAGGGCAGGCUUCUCAGCCAGUCAAUAGCGAGGGGCAGGGCAACCGGGGCCCCUCCACCAGUCAGCACAAGGGGUCUCCCUGCAAAAAGACUUAAAAAAUGGUGCUGGGUGCUGCGAGUGGUCUGCAAUUUUUACUUCUCCUUCAUGUGCUUUAAGUAGAUCCCUACCUAUGACUAGUCUCUAGGAGCAGGUGACUUGACUGUACUUUUCCUUGUCAAAGUCUAUUUUUUUUCUAUAUUUAAUUAGAAACUAUGUUACUCAUUUAGGAACCUGGUGAUGCUAAAAUGAGCCAUGGAGAUUCCUUGAGUAACUUUGCUGUCACAGGCACAGGUGCCCCUUGCUAUUCUAUUUAUUCAUGAUGUAGGAAAGGAUUUUGAAGAGCCCUAGAUUCUCUGGGCCACCUUCUGGUCUCAGACCAGUGUUAAUUCAGGAUAUCCCUUUUGAAGGCAGGAGAGGUUUUCACCAAUGGGGAGCUAGUGUGAAAGCAGAAUCAGUCCCAACGUGUGUGUCCGUCCAGCUGUAAGAUAAAGAAUGGGACCAUAGGAUUCAGAGAUUCAAUGUCUGUAUGAUCAAGGAACCAAGCCCCUCCCCUGCAGCUGAGCACUAACGAGUGAGGAAAGAUUCAGAAUGCUCCCAAGGCCUCACUCUCAUGGAUAAGCCUUGGUUUUUACCUUGAUCUUGGCUAAUUGAAGGCCUGUCCCCAAGCUACUGCUUCUGUAUACAAGUAAUGGU